AUGUCUACUCGUUCGGGUGCAAUCACUGAUGCGAUGUUUUCUGCUCACUGUCGAGGGGUUCUCUCCUUGAGCCCGGACCCCUUGCAAUGCUUCUCUGUGAUCGAUGCCCAGUUGCAUGGGGUGAUGCGUCGGACCCCGUCCGGGGAAUGGAAGUUUGAGCUUCUCGUGAAAGACGUGCCCGGGGGAAAGCGUCACGCAGUGGCAUUACACUGUCUUGAUGUCAAACGAGACUCGGUUUCCUCGAUCAUGAACGCGAAGUGCGAGGACUGCAAGCAAUCCCUGUGCAUCUUGUUUGAUGGAAACGACGCCAUGGAAGACUUCUUCAUGAAGUACAUGCUGGAGAAGCUGCGUUGGCAGGCCCGGCUCGACCGGCAUGUCGUCGAAGACAUCAUAUACUCGCUCCUCAAAUCAUUUUGCGACGUCAUAAAGGAGUGCCCCAUCAAUGCCACAGGAGAACUAGCAGAGGCUCACGAGAACGGCGGCUACGCAUACGCCGUUGCGUCGCUCAUGACGAAGCUCGGGAGCGAAGCCCAGGGUGUUACCGCGGAUGUCGUCGAACAGUUGAAGAGGUCUCUGUCUCUUGACGAGUAG